GGGGGGGGGGGGGCGCCUAACAGAUAACGUAUCCCUUCCUUGAACCUUAAACCCAUACGAAACGAACUGAACAAAAUCCUUCUUCAGAACAGAAUUGCAGAGGGAAAAUUGGUGUAUUGUAGGCGAAGAAGCAAUGGCGUCGCAGCCAGCGAACUUGUGGGUGCUGUUGGGGUUAGGGUUGGCCGGCAUUUUGAUGCUUACGAGGAAGCUGAAGCGAGCUGUUAAAGUCGACUUCGGAGCCUUCGUCCACCGCCUUCAGCUUCUGCCGCCUCCCCAGCCUCCUCCGCCUAAAGCUCCUCACCCUCUCACCGGCCUUACUUUCGCCGUCUCUGAUGUGUUUCAUAUUGAGGGGUUUGUUACUGGGUUUGGGAAUCCAGACUGGUCAAGAACACACGAAGCUGCUACCAAGACAUCUGUGGUGGUUAAUGCACUUGUUGAAGGAGGUGCUAUGUGUGUUGGGAAAACUGUUGUGGAUGAUCUGGCAUUUGGAAUGAGUGGUGAGAAUAGACAUUAUGAUUCACCAACUAAUCCUGCUGCUUCUACACGGGUAUCUGGAGGUCCGUCUAGUGGAUCUGCUGUAGCAGUAGCUUCUAACCUUGUGGAUUUUUCUUUGGGUAUUGAUACAACUGGUGGUGUGCGAGUUCCUGCCGGAUAUUGUGGAAUUAUGGGGUUCCGACCAUCUCCUGGAACUGUUUCUUAUAUGGGGGUAAUUCCUGUAUCACCAAGCCUUGACACUGUUGGAUGGUUUGCAAGGGAUCCCAAUAUACUGCGUCGUGUUGGACAUGUGCUGCUGCAGGUUCCAUUUGUUGCGCUACGUAAUCCAAGGAACAUUGUGAUUGCUGAUGAUUUGUUUCAUUCAUUAAACAUUCCUCCAGCUCAGACCAGUCACGUGGUGAUCAAAGCCAUUGAAAAGCAGUUUGGAAGACAAGUGAUAAGGCAUGAGGAUAUGGAAACUUAUUUGUGUUCAAAAGUUCCAAGCCUAAAGCUUUUCCAGAGCAAGAAAUCAAAUGGUGAAGCAAAGUUGACAACUAUAAAGUUGUUAGCAAAUAUUUUGCAAAUGCUCAAGAGUCAUGAAUUCAAGCAAAAUCACGGAGAGUGGAUCGAUUCUGUGAAACCUACACUAGACCCUGCUAUCACAGCACAGCUACAUGGAGGGCUGGAGAUGGCAGCUAUAGAUAUUGAAAACUGCCAUGUAGUCAGGAACGAAAUGCGAUCAGCUCUAAGUAAUCUUCUAAAGGAUGAUGGAAUUUUGGUUAUCCCCACUGUUGCCGAUCCACCUCCAAAGCUUGGUGCAAGUGAGAUUCAAUCGCAGGACUAUCAAAUUAGAACAUGUUCAUUUUCAACCAUAGCGAGCCUGUCAGGUUGCUGUCAGGUCUCGGUACCACUUGGAUCACACGAUAAAUGCCCAAUCUCGGUGUCCCUUAUAGCAAGGCAUGGAGGUGACCGAUUUUUACUUGAUGCUAUACAGACUUUAUAUGCUACUCUGCAGGAACAAUCUGACAUAACUGCAAAGUCUAAGUCAUCCGGUAGUGCUAUCAGUACUGAAACAUCUGCUGAGAUGGCUAAGGAAAAGGGUAACCAAGCGUAUAAAGAGAAACAGUGGCAGAGGGCUAUUGGCUUUUACACAGAGGCAAUCAAGCUGAACGGUAAUAAUGCAACAUACUUUAGCAACCGAGCGGCAGCAUAUUUGGAAUUAGGAGGCUUCAUCCAAGCUGAAGAAGAUUGUACUAAAGCCAUUGAUCUUGAUAAUAAGAAUGUCAAAGCUUACCUCAGAAGGGGCACAGCACGGGAGAUGCUAGGCUACUAUCAAGAGGCGAUUGAAGAUUUCAGAUAUGCGCUUGUCCUUGAACCGAACAACAAAAGAGCGGCUCAGUCUGCUGACAGGCUAAAGAAGUUGUUUUUGUCGAGUUAUUAGAGCAUUAACCGUGUUCAGGCAUACUUCAAUCCCCAUGGAGAGGAACCGAUAAACCUCCCUCCAAAGGGUAGAAGGAGAAGAUUGAAUUUUUGUUCAAAUCCAGAGGUAUUUACGAAUAGAAAUUAUUUUUGUUUAACAGGGAAAGUUUGAAGAUAUGUGAGGAGAAGUAGUAGUUCAUGCUACAUAGCAUUGGUCAUCAUGUCAUAUGACAAUUUUUUUUAUUAUUUUAUUUUUUGUUUAUUGAAAAAAUGAUCUCUUUUUGGAAUGGGCACAAUACAUUGUUGUAGGCAUUCAUUUUCCACACCUAUGCUCACUUGUCAAAUGCAAUUAAAAUUGAAGAUACUUCAUUUUA